UUGAAAUAAGGUCUUAUAAUGGCUGCAUGAAAUCACAGCUUGAUAACGCGAAGCAGGGAAACGGGUCUGCAUCGUGCUGUCGCUUGUCGUUGUCGCUCUGCACGGAUUAAGAUACUUUAUAUAUAUAUUUUUUGCAGUGUGUGGACGCAGUUGCUAUGGCUAUAAUAACAAGAAAACGACAGCUCUGGGGGGAGCUUUCUACGCUGUGGAUACAUUCGGGGGACGCCUUCAAAAUUCAAAAGGAUUUGAGGAGGCGUUGAAAAAGCACAGUUCAGUGUCUGGAGCAUGAAGUGUCUAUCGGGAUUAGCAUCCCCGUUUCAAUCAAUACAACAAUUAGUAUCCGGACAAUCGUUCAAAGACCGCUCCUUUUUUGUUUUUGAUGCUGUCUUAAUCCUUUUUGUGUGUGUGUGUAUAUAUAUAUAUUUUUUUUCCUGGAGCGGAAUUGAGCUUCGAUUUGAGCUGGAACAGGAGAGUGACUGAUCAGCUGUUGCGUCGCGGGGCUGUCUGAUUGAUUAAUGUCAACAUUGCAACAAAUAAAGAAAUAACAGCGACAACAACAUGCCGAGAAAUGAAGACUGGAGUUUCUCCAGACGGCGUGUAUGUCUAGUAUUGAGUGCAGCUGGAUUAAUAUCAUAACCUAAUAGAUUUCAUUAGCACGGGAGUGUAUAGGCGUAGAUUAGAUCUGUUUUACUGAACUGCCAGCGUGUAGAAUGAUGAGUUAAUUGCGUAUUUGCGCGGUUGUGUGUGUGUGUGUGUGAGAGAGAGAGAGAGAGGUAUUAAGCUGAAAUCGAAAAGGGGCAAAAACAGAGGGCUUGUCCGGUCUGCUGAGCUGUAUUCGGUUGACACGGCCCCUAAACCCAAACAUGCCACCAUGGCACCCCCGUUUUCUGGGUCCCGCGGUGCCCCCGGGUUAGGCGACCUGCACCUGAACGAGGAGAACGCGCGGAUCGCCCUGCUGGCGCUGCUCAUGGCCGGGUACCUCCUGUGCGGCGCCGCCGUGUUCUCCGCCAUCGAACACCCCGUCGAGGUCGACAGCCACCGGCGGUGGAACCGGACCCUGCUCGGCUUCAGCCAGAGGUUUAACAUCAGCCCCGGGGAGUUCCGCCGCUUCCUGCGGGAGUACGAGGUGGCCAUGGCCACGGGGUUCCGGGUGGAUGCCCUGAGACCUCGCUGGGACUUCGCCGGAGCUUUCUACUUCGUGGGGACGGUCGUGUCGACGAUUGGAUUUGGCAUGACCACGCCCGCCACAGCCACUGGUAAAAUAUUCCUCAUUUUCUAUGGCAUGAUGGGCUGCGCUGGCACCAUCCUCUUCUUCAACCUUUUCCUGGAGCGCGUGAUCACGCUGUUGGCUGUGCUGAUGAAGGCCUUCAGGCGAGGGAGGUUGUGUCUCCGAGGGUGGGACCCGGAAACCGACCCCGGGCGGGAGGAGGGAGGAGGAGGGGAGCCCUGCCGGCUGCCUGCCUGGAAACCCUCGGUUUACAACGUGAUGCUAAUCCUGGGGCUGGCGGUGUCCCUGAUCGCUCUCUGUGCCUCCUCUCUGUACACCCCGGCCGAGGGCUGGAGCUUCGUGGACUCCCUGUAUUUCUGCUUCGUGGCUUUCAGCACCAUCGGGUUUGGGGAUCUGGUGAGCGGACAGCGGGGGUCCUAUGAGAACCAGUCGCUCUACGGCCUGGGGAACUUCUCCUUCAUUGUGCUGGGGGUCUGCUGCCUCUACUCCCUGUUCAACGUCAUCUCCAUCGUCAUCAAACAGUUUCUCAACUGGCUGCUUAGCCUCUGCUGCUGCUCCCUCCCCCGGAGGAGGGCCGAGAAGCCGCAGUGGGUCCUGGGAGGUAGGCGGCACAGGGUGGCCCCCUUGCCAGCUUCGGGGGGCCGCCACCCGACGAGGAGCGAGGUCUCCCUGGAUACGGAAGCUGCGUUGGAGAGUGAGACGGACGCCCGGCGGGUCUCCGUGGAGAUGAGCGCCAUCCGCGACUUCCUGGCCAAUAACAAUCGGGCGACGGCAACGGACGCCCCCAGGCUGCCAGGACCCGAAGCCGCCAAUGGGCAUCUCAUUGUGGCUUGGGGGGGCGGCGUCGAGGGAGCGGCCGGCAGCGAAGACCGCCGCGAGCUUGAGAAGGGCCUGCUGAGGGAUAUCGGCUCCCUGGCGAUCAUGAACAACAAGCUGGCAGAAACGUCAGAGCGCCAUGGCAACGGGCUGCCCGUCAUCGGCUCGGCCAGGCUGCUGCUGCUUCAGCAGGAAACCAGCGACCAUCGUCUCCUCCUCCACCGCCACUGUCUCUCCAGCACACAGGGGUCUCCAGCCAGCGAGAGCAGAAGCCGUUGCGCGUUUCCUGGGUCUCCCGCCUCCUUGGGGGCCACCGACGGCCCGGGGGAUCCCUCGAGCGGGGUGGGAUCCCUGGCCAACCUCGAGAGCCUCACCCAAAGCAGCGGAGGGAGGGACUCCCAGAAUGGACUGCCCUCCGGCAGAGUCGAGUCCCCGGCGCCUUUGAAUCAGCGGCCGGGGGGAAGCGAGCAAGCCUCUUCAUCGCUGGACCAGCCCGGCGACUACCGGAGGAAGAUGACGGAGAGGCCGAGCCGCUCCGGUCACGGGCUGACCCGUGGCGUCCCCUCUCCCGCGGUCCCGGGCCAGCGGGCGAGUCGGUCUGGCGCUACGGAGCCCCCCAGAGAGUCCCUGAGCAGCGGGGGGCCUGCCGUGACAAAGACGAGGGUCUGUGCCCCCAGAAACAAGUUCCUGAGUGGAGUGGGGUCCCUGGCUGUCAUGAACGACAGGUUCGCAGAGACUAGUAAGAGAAAGAUCUCCCGGCACCAGCAGAGAACCACCGAAACACAGGAGAACACUUAGACUGAAGGAGAUGCUGGUUUGAGCCGUCGUUGAGGAUAGGAGAGGAUGGAGAAGAGUAGGAGAGGAUUGGAAAGGAUAGGAGAGUGUAGGAGAGAAUGGGAAAUGGCAA